CAACUAAACGAUGACUGUGUCGGAAAAAAAAAUCUCUAGUAGUUGGCGUGAAGGGCCGUGUGGGUGUUCUCCAGGCAAUUGAUUGGCAAUAGAUAUUAGCAUUUAAAAGUUCACAUGGCUCUGUCUUCCAAUUCAUCACAAGCCUUGGUAGUAAUCGAGGCUCCACAUAUUUUGCCUAAAAUGCUUGAUUAGUUUGAAGGCAGAACCAUGUGAACACUGAUGAGCUCUUGUUCCCUUCUAUACCCCAUCCAGAUUGCCAUUGUCUUUACCAUAUAUUUUUUCUUUAGUAGAAGAUAUUCCACAAUACUUUUCAUUUAUAUAAACCAUAUGAAUCUUCAAGUUCUCAAGCAUAUAGCUUUAUUGUUUUGCAGUUGCUCGUCCCUUGAGAUCUUCUUCAAGUUUUUAUACUCUAUUGCUAGUCUUUCCUCCAAAGAUUUACUACAAUGGGGUUCCGUCUGCCUGCUGUAAUUCCUGCUAAGAAACUUUUUCGACGGUCUUCUUCAAAUUCAAGUGAAGGAGCUUCGUAUAAUUUAUCGGAUGUCCCUAAAGGUUAUUUUGCAGUUUAUGUUGGUGAGAGUGAGAAGCACCGCUUUGUGGUUCCCAUAUCUUUCCUCUGCCAGCCUGCAUUUCAACACUUGCUAAGUGAAGCUGAAGAAGAAUUUGGAUUUGAUUAUCCAAUGGGCGGUCUAACAAUUCCCUGCAGACAAGAUGCUUUCCUUGAACUUAUAUCUCGCUUGAGUGCAGUAUGAUAGAGUGGUGGAUUGUGGAGAACAAUUACACGAACUGUGCGAUUGUUACAAUUUUGUAAACAAAACAAUUUCUAGAUUUUGUACAUUUUUUUCAAUCGAGGAAGAAAUAUUGUUCCCUCAGAAUCGGAUUAUAUAAAUUCUUAAAUGGAGACUGUAGCAAUAUUCAUAGCU